UGGCAGCCAUGAACGGCGAAGAGCAGUACUACGCGGCCACGCACCUUUACAAGGACACAUGCGCGUUCCAGCGGGGCCCGGCGCCCGAGUUCAGCGCCAGCCCCCCGGCGUGCCUGUACAUGGGCCGCCAGCCCCCGCCGCCACCGCCUCCGUUCCCCGGCGCCCUGGGCGCGCUGGAGCAGGGCAGCCCGCCAGACAUCUCCCCGUACGAGGUGCCCCCCCUCGCGGAGGACCCCACGGUGGCACACCUCCACCACCAUCUCCCUGCUCAGCUCGCGCUCCCCCACCCGCCCUCCGGGCCUUUCCCGGAUACAGCCGUGCCUGGCGCCCUGGAGGAGCCCAGCCGCGUCCAGCUGCCUUUCCCAUGGAUGAAGUCUACCAAGGCUCACGCGUGGAAAGGCCAGUGGGCAGGCAGUGCCUACUCCGCAGAACCCGAGGAGAACAAGCGGACGCGCACGGCCUACACUCGCGCGCAGUUGCUGGAGCUGGGAGAAGGAGUCCUGUUCAACAAGUACAUCUCCCGGCCACGCAGGGUAGAGCUGGCCGUCAUGCUGAACUUGACCGAGAGACACAUCAAGAUCUGGUUCCAAAAUCGCCGCAUGAAGUGGAAAAAAGAGGAGGACAAGAAGCGCGGCUGCGGGACAGCCGCCGGGAGUGGCGGGGACACGGAGCCGGAGCAGGACUGCGCGGUGACCUCGGGCGAGGAGCUGCUGGCGCUGCCACCACCGCCGCCCCCCGGGGGAGCGGUGCCGCCAGCGGUUCCUGCUGCGGCCCGAGAAGGCCGGUUGCCCCCAGGCCUUAGUGCGUCGCCGCAGCCCUCCAGUGUCGCACCCCUGCGGCCGCAGGAACAUCGGUGAGAAGCGGGGUCUCUUCCUUGUCAGUGGCACCGACCACUCACAGAGGAGGGAGCGGGCCUAGGGCCCGGG